AUGCUCUUCGCUGCGGACAAACCUACGCUAGACAAAUUCCGUGCCGUAAUGAGUAAGAGUGGUCGUGCUGCGCCGGCUCGUGGUGAGGAUGAUGCGGCCAAAUCUGCGACCGUGAAGGAUCGUCGGGUUUAUUUCAGCUGGCGUGGCCGGUCAACGAGUGAAGGAGAGAUACAUACUGAAGAAGGAACGUCGUCGCAAGAUGGAUACAUUGAUUUCACAAGCAACGAAGCUGUUACAUUUCAUGGGAUUGCGGGCUUUCCCCGGCUCGGCAGUAGUUGUGCAUUCAAGGGGACAAAAAUUGACAAUGAUGCUGCGGACGCGCCGCAGCCGUGGACCUCGUUCUCUAAGGCAGCUGCUGAGCAAUCUGCGGUGAACAGAUGGAGGUGA